AUGGUAUUGGCGCCUGGGGACAAGAGGCCCAUCGGGCCUCGUCCUUCCGACUCUACUCUAAAUGAGAGCACCCAACAUCCAGACCAGCAAGAUGAAAUGGACGACGAACUUCAAGGCUCUCAGAUCAACGAAAUGGUUCGAUCCUACAGUAUGGAGCUAGUCCACACAACAUCUAGGUUCGACCACAGCAUCAAUCCUUUCUUGUCAUCCCACCCAUCUUUGGAUCCCAACUGUCCAGAGCAAUUCAAUGCAAAGAAAUGGGCGAGAGCCCUCCUCCAUCACUCUGUUCACAAGCCUGAUCAAUAUCCUCGUCUUGAAGCUGGGGUUUCCUGGCAUAACCUGAGUGUUUACGGCCAUGGCACAGAUACAGACUACCAGAAGGAUGUUUUCAAUGUCCUCCUGCGAGGGCCCAUGAUGAUUCUCCAAUACUUAAGCAACAGACGACAAAAGGUAGAUAUUUUGACCGACUUUGAAGGGCUUGUUAGGAGUGGUGAAAUGCUUUUGGUCUUGGGGCGCCCUGGAAGUGGAGUCUCGACUCUUCUCAAGACAAUCGCGGGCGAGACGCAAGGUCUUAAUCUUGAACCAAGCUCACACAUAAGCUAUCAAGGUAUACCAAUGGAAACGAUGCACAAAGUAUUCCGGGGCGAAGCCAUUUAUCAGGCCGAAACAGACGUCCACUUCCCACAUCUGACUGUUGGUCAGACCUUACUAUUUGCCGCCUUGGCCCGAACACCCAAGAACCGAUUGCCGGGUGUCAGCCGACAGAAGUAUGCGGAGCACCUGAGAAAUGUCGUCAUGGCAGUAUUCGGGAUCUCGCACACCGUUAACACCAAGGUCGGCAAUGACUUCGUGAGAGGUGUCAGUGGCGGCGAGCGCAAGCGUGUCAGCAUUGCCGAAGUCGCACUCAGUCAGAGCCCAAUCCAGUGCUGGGAUAAUAGCACGCGAGGUCUCGACAGCGCCACCGCGCUCGAGUUUGUCCGUACCCUGCGCUUGUCGACUGACCUGGCUAAAACGUCGGCGAUUGUCGCGAUGUAUCAGGCGUCGCACUCAGCAUACGAGAUCUUUGACAAGGUAUCCGUUCUUUAUCAAGGAAAACAGAUUUAUUUUGGACCGACGGGCCUGGCAAAACAGUACUUUCUUGAUAUGGGCUAUGCCUGUCCUGAUCGACAGACAACUGCUGACUUUCUUACAUCCCUUACCAAUCCUGCGGAGCGUGUUGUCCAGCCUGGUUUUGAAAACAAAGUCCCCAGAAGUCCUGACGAGUUCGCAGCAGUGUGGAAGAAUAGCGAGCUAAGGGCUCGUCUCAUGGAUGAAGUUUUGGGUUUCGAGGACCAAUAUCCCAUGGGAGGAUCUGAGGUCGAGAAAUUCAUGGAGACGCGGAAAGCCCAUAAGCAACCUUUGAUAUCCUCCAAGUCACCUUACACAAUUACUGUGCCGUUACAGGUCUGGCUUUGCAUGGUGCGCGGUUAUCAACGCCUUCUGGGAAACAAACUUUUCUUUUUUGUGACGGUAUUUGGAAAUCUGGUUAUUUCGCUUGUGCUGGGAAGCAUUUUCUUUGAUUUGCCAUCAGACGCAUCGAGCAUGAACUCCCGUUGCAUUUUACUGUUUUUCGCCAUCUUGUUCAACGGACUGAGCAGUGCGCUUGAGAUUCUGACCCUCUACGAGCAGAGGCCGAUUGUUGAGAAACACGCGCGAUACGCCUUGUAUCAUCCCUUUUCAGAAGCCAUUUCAUCAACUAUCUGCGAUCUUCCCAGCAAGAUUCUCUCGACUUUGGCUUUCAAUAUCCCACUUUAUUUCAUGGCCAACCUGCGACAAGAGGCGGACGCCUUCUUCAUAUUCCUUUUAUUCAGCUUCACCACCACGUUGUCUAUGUCUAUGAUAUUGCGUACUAUCGGUCAGACAUCUCGCAGCAUUCACCAAGCUCUAACACCAGCCGCCCUCUUCAUCCUCUCAUUAAUCAUUUACACUGGUUUCAUCCUUCCAACCACUAACAUGAAAGGCUGGUUACGGUGGAUCAACUACAUCAAUCCCAUUGCCUACGCAUUUGAGAGCUUGGUGGCCAAUGAGUUUACUGGACGUCAAUUUCCUUGCGUCCAAUAUGUCCCUGCUUAUCCUAAUGCGGCCCCCGAAGAGAGGACAUGCUCCGUUGCUGGGGCGGCCCCUGGCGCAAACUUUGUCGACGGUGACAUCUACAUGAACGCGCAUUUUGAGUACUACAAGUCUCACAUUUGGAGGAACUUCGGCAUUCUUAUUGGCUUCAUCAUCUUUUUUGUGGUCAUAUACUUGUUGGCUGCGGAAUUCAUCACUACGGAUCGCUCCAAGGGCGAAGUUCUCUUGUUCCGCAAAGGCCACAAGCCUUCUUCUGGAGUUAAUUCAGAAUCGGAUGUGGAAGCCGCAAAAUCUGACGCUGUCUACCGUUCCGAGGGAACAGCUUCGCCGGCAACGCAGACGACUGAACAGGGUGCCCUUGAGAAGAGCCAGGCUGUUUUCCACUGGAAGGACGUCUGCUAUGAUAUUAAGAUCAAAGGCGAGGACCGUCGGAUUCUUGAUAAUGUAGAUGGAUGGGUGAAGCCAGGGACGUUGACGGCCUUGAUGGGUGCGAGUGGUGCAGGAAAAACCACAUUACUGGAUGUCCUAGCCGACCGAGUAACUAUGGGUGUGGUUUCAGGAGACAUGCUGGUCAACGGCAUCCCUAGAAAUGAAUCCUUCCAGCGGAAGACGGGCUAUGUGCAGCAGCAAGAUAUACAUCUCCCAACUGCCACUGUCCGUGAGGCCCUGAGGUUCAGUGCCAUGCUUCGUCAACCUGCACAUGUAAGCGUGCAAGAAAAGCAUGCUUACGUCGAAGAGGUCAUCGAGCUUCUAGAGAUGGAGGCAUAUGCGGGUGCUGUCGUUGGCGUGCCUGGAGAAGGUUUGAAUGUUGAGCAGCGAAAACGACUCACGAUCGGCGUGGAAUUGGCUGCAAAGCCAGAGGUCCUUCUCUUCCUCGACGAACCCACCUCCGGCCUUGACAGCCAAACUGCCUGGUCCAUCGUCUCACUAAUGCGGAAGCUGUCUGAAAAUGGCCAAGCGAUUCUCUGUACUAUUCAUCAACCAUCAGCAAUUCUCUUCCAGCAAUUUGAUCGCAUCCUUCUACUAGCUCGCGGCGGUCAGACAGUUUACUUUGGGGAUAUGGGACAUAAUGCUCAGUCACUGGCAAGCUACUUCGAGAAGCACGGGGCAUCUCCUUGUGGCCAGCAUGAGAACCCCGCGGAGUGGAUGCUGAAAGUUAUCGGCGCCGCGCCAGGGUCUAAAUCAACUAGAGACUGGCCAAAAACAUGGAGAGAGAGCAACGAAUAUUCUGAAGUACAACGGGAGCUCGAAAACUUGAAACAGAAGUCGCCAUUUACACUCGUUCCUGGGAAAAGCGACGAGCUAUCAACCUACGCAGCUCCGUUCCAUGUACAGUUGGCUCUAUGCACCAAGCGAGUUUUUGAGCAAUACUGGCGGACGCCUUCGUAUAUUUACGCGAAGCUGAUCUUGUCUGGUGGUACCAGUCUCUUCAUCGGCGUGUCAUUCUAUAAGGCGCCACUCACCAUGCAAGGCCUGCAAAGCCAGAUGUUUUCAAUCUUCAUGCUUCUGGUGGUUUUUGCCUUCUUGGUCUACCAGACAAUGCCCAACUUUAUACUCCAGCGUGAGCAGUACGAAGCCAGGGAACGAGCCUCGAGAGCGUACUCGUGGUACGUUUUCAUGUUGGCCAACAUCAUUGUGGAAUUACCCUGGAACACGCUAGCUGCUCUUGUAAUAUUUUUCCCUUUUAACUACCUUGUAGGCAUGUAUCGAAACGCCAUUCCGACUGAUAGCGUUACGGAGCGGGGUGGCUUGAUGUUCUUGCUCACCUGGGCUUUCAUGCUCUUCGAGUCGACCUUUGCGAACAUGAUGGUCGCCGGCGCACCAACUGCUGAGAUUGGGGCAACUCUGUCCCUUCUUCUCUUUGCCUUGUGCCUUAUUUUCUGCGGUGUCAUCGUUCCGAUGGAUGCGCUCCCAGGAUUUUGGAAGUUCAUGUACAGAGUCUCCCCACUUACAUAUCUCGUUGACGGCCUCCUGUCGACUGGGCUAGCUCAUAAUGAUGUUGAGUGCUCCCAGUUGGAACUGUUGCGGUUCAACCCACCGCAGGGAGGCAACAUUACCUGCGAAGCUUACAUGGAGCCGUACAUGCAAAUGGCCGGCGGCCGGAUCUACAACCCUAGCAGCACCAGCAUGUGUCAGUUCUGUCCCUUGGCGACUACGGACGUUUUCUUGGCUACUACCUCUACAUCUUAUGAUAAGAGGUGGCGUAACUACGGGUUGAUGUGGGUUUACAUCAUCUUCAAUCUGUUCGCAGCACUGCUUCUGUACUGGCUAGCCCGUGUGCCGAAGAAUUUCAGUGCGAAACGGUCGCGCGAAAAGACCGCCUGA